CCGUUGCAUGUUACUUUUCUAUAAAAGUAUCAUUAAUCAUUAUAAAGUUCUAAGGACUAGUAAUUUCGAAUAAUUUAUAGUUUUUCGUUCGUUUUCCUUUCUUUUUUUAUUAUAUUGGUUUUAUUCUUUUUUUUUUCUAACAUAAAAGGUAUUGCUAGAAUUUUUAGAAGUUUUUCACCCCUUUAGCUGUUCUUAAUUUAGCAACUUCUGUAGUUCGGUAUGAUCCGGGUCGUUUCCUCGGUCGGUAAGGCGGCCUACAAGGCCGCGUCAAAAACCGGUUUAACCGCCGGAAAGGAGCAGCCGCCGUACCCUUGCGCGCUCCCCUUGCAGGUGGUGAACGGCCCUGAUGAUAUGGAAAAUAUUCGUCGUAUCGCCGACGCCAUCUUCGAGGCCGCCUUGGAUCUCUUCCACAACCCCGAGCAUGACUGGAAGACGGUAGAAUUUCGAGACCCCGACGGCGGCGACCUCGUGCUCAUGACGAAAUCGCAUAUCGGGCAAUUCAACUUCGCCCGGGCGACGAUGAGUUUCAUGAACUCCACCCCCGAGCUUUUCCUUUCCACUGUUCAUGGGGAGAGUUUCGAGAUGCGGAAGGAGUUUAGCUCCGAGCUCGUGACCUUCAACGUGCUCGCGAACCCCACCCCGAUGAUGAAUAUUCAAUAUCACGAGUACCGCGCCCCUCCUCCAAUUAGCAACCGCUACCUUAUCUACCUCGUCGAAAAGCGCUACGUAGCGGAGGAGGAUACCUGGUAUAUCUACGGCUGCUCGAUUAACUACCCGCCCUUUAAAAAGUUCAGCAGCAAUGCGGUUUGUUCGAUUUGUUUGUGGACUUGGGAGCUCUCACAGGUGGGGAAUAACACGAUCGCGACGUACGCGUCGUGUUUGAGCCCGAACGGAUGGGUACCGACGUUUAUUGUGAAUUGGAUGAAAGGGGCGAUUGCGAAGGAGAUGGUGGCGAUCCGUCGUUUUCUUUAUAGGCAACGGCCUGAAUACAUACCAGUGAUGCUAUCAUCUCCAAAACUUGUCGAGGGGAACGAUGAAUGCUUUUCAGAUGACGUGAGCUGCGAUCGUGAGGUGAAUCACCGAAUUUCUCGUGAGAAUUAUAUACAGAAGCCAAAAAAAUUGCUCAAUCACGAGGAUGACGAAGUGGAAAUUCGAUUUAGAGAUCUUCCCCUUCAGGAAGAGGUGUUCUUGUGGCGUGAUUUGGAGGAAAACGAGGAGCUGCAGUUCUUUUAG